GGCCGCAGUGAAUACACGACACGAGCGCUGCAGUCGCAUGUCUCAUUCUCACGCAGCAUGCAGUCUGCUAUCGAACUUGGCGCGAAGUGGUCGUGUCGUUACUCACUGUUGCGAGAGGUGUAACGGGACCGAUUAUGAACUCGCGCGAUCUCGCGUAGUGAUCUCUCUCUUGUCGUCGUAACGAGGGAAUUAUGUCGACUCGGAGAAAUGGGUAACCUGGCGACGCUACUGAUACAGUUUGGUGUCGCGUUCCUUUUCGCAUGUCUCGCGGAUUACAGCCUGGCUCAGGACGAGAUACCAGCUACAGGAGAGUGUAUCGAAUCCGAGACAGGAUGCAAGAGGUGCAGAGACGGAACGUGCGCCAGAUGUGCCGUCCUACUACAUCAAGGUACCUGCGUACAUACUUGCCCACCAGGCUUUGUCGCCGAUUGGUCCACCCGAGACGAGUAUAUGGGUCGCAUUUGUCAGGAAACUGGCUACAUGUUUGGCCUCACCGGUAGCCAAGUUGCAAUUUUAGUUGGGGUGGUCUCCGGCGCGACCAUCUGCAUCUUCAUCAUCCUCUGCGGUGCGAUAGUCGUGCACCGGCGUAAGAAGAAGGCGGCCAAGUUGGCACAGCAAUUCGAAGACAGCGCGGAAAGGAGAGAAUUUCUGAAACAUUUAGCCACACUUCGUGGAGAGGCCCAUACCUUUCUCGCCAUGCUCAACGACACUAGAAGACAAGUCAGGGAAUUGUACUACUCGGGAAAUAACGGGGAUGGUGCCGUUGGAAUCCAAGCGUACAGACCAGUGUUACGUGACCUGGCGAGAAUAUUGGUCCUCGUGAAUAGGAGAGAUGACGAGAUACCGCUUCCACCUGAUGAUUGGCAACGACUUUUCUCGUGGGCAGAACGGCUGUUGAGAAGAUACAAGAGGCACAGUUCUCCAGAAGUGGCUCAGCUCGUGACAUUUCUCCAGCAGCCAACGAGCAAUCCCGUGCAAAUGACACCGUCACUAUCGGCGCAACCGGUCAUGGUAUCGUCGCAACCAUCGGCUCAUCAACCCAUAUAUGAACCUAGAAGCACUCACAAUAAUCUCACAACAUUCCAAGCGAACGUGCCGCUCGCGACGUUUCAAGCGAGUGACAAGUCGAGCAUUAGUCCAGCGAGCUCGAGUCUCGGUUAUGUGAAAGAUAGCAGUCCGCUCGGUUCGAGUCUAGGACAGAAUAGCACUUCCGGCGCUUACAACAGCGAGAAGCUCAGUCCGAACGGCUCGACGAUCGGCCAGAUGACACCCUUAGUCUAUGGCAGCAAUCAGAAGCGCGGAGAACCGAGGACGACGAGUGAUUCGCAUCUCCAAGAACUCCAGACAAUUUCUGCGUUCAGUCACAGCUACAAUGGCGAUACGUUGCCUUCGGAGGCUAACAAUGUCCGCGCGUUGUGCAACGAGCACGAGAUGAAUGAUGGCCUAGAUCGCGAUCUGAAUCCCCAAUGGAAGUUUCAGGGCAGUCCCGUGGAAGCAGCCAAUUACACCAUCCUAACUGACUGGUCGCCCGCUCGCGACUAUCUUAUCGAUGAUUUUACGAUUCUCGGCUUCCGGCCACAAGACGAGAUUACCACGGAAUUGUAGAGUUGACUGAUAAUAAUACAUAUCCCCAAACAUAAGACUUGCAAAAGAGAGAUUAGGAUUGCCUAUGCGUAUCGCCAAAGUAUCGCCGUUUUAGACAAUCAAACUUGUUAACAAUUUUCGAUAACAGUAUUCCACAAUGCAUUACUUAGUGAUGAUCCGAUCAGCCUUAAGCCCCUGAUAAACAUUGCUAAGAGUAUAAAAUACAUUCUAAAUCAAACACACAGGGAAAAAUUGAUUAUGUGAAAAUUAGUAAAAUUAAUCACAAUGAUACAAAUUCAAGUUCUUUAGUCUUUUUCGAACGUUCUAGCAUGAAAUGUUUAAUGGUACAUUUUCAUCAAAUUUUGUUCAAUUUUUAAAACUGUAUUUAUGUUCUAAACAUUGUGUCAUUUUGAUACAAUGAACGACGCCUUUGAUAUGAACAUAUCCGAGUAUAUGUAUGUGUGCAAUAGAAAAAAAAUCAUGAUACCAAAUAAUUGUAAAAAUCUUGUAUAAAUAUCAGUCUUUAUUUAACUUCUCUGUAUUGUACAUGUCUAAUAAUGAUCAUUGUAUAUUAUAUAGUAUACUAGUCAAUAUACUGUUUCUUCACAUCGCGAGUAUUGAAGCGCAUUUCUGUGACUUUUAUGUUUAUUUGUUUGUAUCUCGCCUGUUGUAAACUUAUUUGACUCUAAUUUUGUUUUUGGGACAAUUUUAUAAUUAUGCAAAUAUUUGUGUACACAAUUGUCAAUGAAGUUUCACAGAAUGAAACUGAUUACUCGAAUCACGCGUCACGCGAUAUGUAUACUAUAUAAUGCUCAUUAUACAUAUACACUGAAUUAUUAGAGAAUUAUAUUUCUCUCGUAUUACCAUGGCAAUGUAAGCUUAAUAACAAAGUGGAGAAAAAAACAAAUCUUACAUAGCCACAAUUUUAUUUAUAUGAACGCGUACAUAAGUACCACCACAGAUAUAUUUAAGUUGGAUGUGUCAUUACAUAUAUAUGGCCAAAAUGGCUGCUUGUACAAAUUGAUUGUAAAUAUUGAUUAUAUUAUUUUAGUAAUAAAAGUAGGAAGGAAUAUCAAAUAUAUAUUAUAUAUAUAAUAUAUGUAUUUCUAUAAAACAAA